CUCCUUCGUUCUCUUCUUUCCCAUCAACCAGACAAGCUGGCAUCGCGCAUUGCAACACCAGCUAGCCAUUCGAACCUUUCUCAAUUCUCAUCUUGUAGGUUGACAACCUCGAUUCCUCCUUCUAUCUUGUCGAGCCAACCUUAUCCCGCCGUCGAGAGAACGGCGGCCUCACUUUUUGUCUCACUAGAAAAGCCCCCAAUCGCCUCCCUCAGGCUCAGAUUUAUAUUCUUGACUUGAUUGUUUCUGCUUUUACUUAUAUAGAGGCUUCAAUGCCUGCGAAUUUUCCUCCUUCUUUGAACUCGGACCACAUUCUUACCACGAUGCUGUCAUUGGAUUGCUUCAACUCAAGUCUAACAUCUUUCAAGUCUCUUCCUAGCUUCCUCCUCUCCCGAACCGACACGGGCCAUAUUACUUGACCUCCCUCGCAACAUCUAGUCACCAUCCAACUAGAUGUCAUAAACCUAACAAAAAAAUCCAAGGUCAACCGGGCCUCUGAUCAAGAAAACAUUGACGGUGUUGGAAAACAAGGGUCGAAAUGAAUCCAUACGAGGCUUAUGGUUCCCCUCCCGCCGAAAGGUCCCCUCGCUACAGAGCGCGAGACGAUGACUACGACAGAAGAGAUACAUACAGACGUCGCUCUCCUGUUGACGACAGACGUCGUCCGGCCCCAAGGCCGCGUUCGAGAUCCCCAGUAGGCAUCGAUCGCUAUCAGCCUGACCGAGAACGCGAACGCGAACGGCCAGCUAGAGACGACCACUACGACCCUAAUCGCACUGCGACACGAGAGAGAGACGAUCGCCGAAGAGCACCUUCUCCGACUGCGGCGAACAUUGAUCGCUAUGUGCCCGGCCAGGACGUUGCGAAACCCGCCAUGAAAGUAAAUCCGCUAGCCAAUCCUCUGACGCUCAGUACGCAAGCCGGAUUUAGCUUCUUUGCCGAUUGGUGGAGAUGUGAACAGCAGCUCAAGGAAGAAAAGGAAAGAGCGAAACAUGGCGGAAGACGGCCUUCCGACCGCAUAAAGGGUGAUCGGGAAGCCAAAGAAGACCGCGAAAAGGAACGAUCCAAGAUCCAAGAAGCCUACGAUCAGUACAAGCAAGACUUCCAGGUGACAAUGGCCAGACAAUUCGUCAUGGCUCACAAAGGCGAGGAGUGGUUCAAGGAGCGCUACGUCUCAGACGUCAGAGAGCCUAUUCGUAAGCGCCUGAUGGAGUUCCGCCAGGGUAUCUUUGAUCAGUGGGAGAAGGAGAUGGACACCGGUGCAUUCGACGAGUUCACCUUGGAGGGCAUCUACAAGAAUGACAGUGAUGGUGCUGGAGGUAUGGUCGAGAAAGAAGAGGGCGAAACCGUCGGAGGUGGUGAGGUCCUCGGUGUCUUGGAUCUGGUACCAGCCAAAGGUGGUGAUCUGAGAGACGACUUGGUCAAUCAGCCCGCCCUUCUCAUCAAGACACUCGCGCCAAAUGUCGGCAGAGAGCGGAUCGAGGAGUUCUGCAAAGAGCAUCUUGGCGAAGAAGACGGCGGGUUUCGAGGAUUAUCCUUGAGUGAUCCUAACCCUGCCAAAAAAUUCCAUCGCAUUGGCUGGAUCAUGCUCAACCCUGCACCUGAAGAAGAUGGUGAUGCCAUGCAAGAGGUCGAGCGGGGUGAUGGUCGGGACGAGGAAGCCGAAGAAGGCGAGGAGAAGCCGCAAGUUGAGAAGCAGUCGACGACUCAAAAAGCCCUCGAGCUCAUCAAUGGCAAAGUUAUCUCGGACCCUGUGAGAGGCGACUUCACCUGCCACGUUGGCGUCCACAAUGCUCCUAUUGCAACCCGAAAGAAGGCCCUUUGGGACCUGUUCUCCGCUCCCGAGCGCGUUGAACGUGACUACGAACUUGCUAGAAGACUGAUCACAAAGCUAGAUGCUGAACUAGGUCGGGAGGACGCUUCUAGCGGCGUAGCCAAGAUUGACGCACGAGUCGAACAGAUGAGGAGCCAAGGUCUGUUGCAGCCACCUCCGAGACCGAAGAAGCCUAACUUCGAAGACAACGAUGAUGAAAUCAAAUUCGAUGAAGAGGGCGAAGAAGGCGAAGAGACCGAAGAGGAUCAAGAUGACGAGGAGUUGCUGGUGAUCAAGAAGAAGCUCGACCUGAUGGUGGAAUAUCUUCGACGUGUGCACAACUUUUGUCUCUUCUGUGUCUUCGAGGCGGAUUCGGUUCAUGAGCUGGUUCGAAAGUGCCCUGGUGGCCACCUUCGACGACCAAGAGCUGGCUUGAGCACUGCUGCCAAGGCUGCUGCCCGCGCGAGCGCUUUAGGCGAACCAUUCCCCGGCAAGAAAAAGGAGAACGGGAUGGAGGACGAACCGAUGAGUCCUGUCCAAGAAAAGCGUGCUUCUAAAUUCAACAAGAAUGACCAGCAGCUACUUCGAGCCUUCAACUGGGUCAAAACCUUUGAGGAAAAGAUCCUCCAAAUCCUCGAACCAGAAUACGUCGAUUUGAAAAAGAUUGGAGGUAAACCUGUCGAGGAAGCCUUGGAGGACGAACUCGCCAAAUGGGUCAAGCAAGAAGAUGAAGCCAAGUACCGAUGCAAGGUCCCUGAUUGCACGAAGCUGUUCAAAGCAGAACAUUUCUGGAAGAAGCACGUGGAAAAGAGGCACGAGGAGUGGUAUUUGGAACUCAAGAAAGACCUCGAACUUGUCAACCACUACGUCCUUGAUCCGUCGCACAUUGCACCAUCUCGGUCAGAUGCCAACUCCAACGGACACUUUCCUCUACCGAACAAUCAUCAUCUCAAUUCUGGUACGCCCCGUGGAUUUAGCCUGCAAAACAUGGGCAUGAACAUGAUGGCCUUUGGCCAGAACGCGAUGAUCAACAUGCCAGGUGUGCAGGCACCAUUUCCGUCUGGCUUCGGUGGCGAUGGUAUGAACGGUGGAAACCACACUGGCGGUCCGAUUCGUCGUGGCGGUGGCAGAUAUGGCAAUCGAUCCGGCCCCUACGAUCGCAAUGCACGGAAUGGCCAACGAGGAUACAACAACAUGGGUGGUCUGCUCCGUGGCAAUCUGCCCCCCGGCCUCAACCCGGCAUUCAUCGCCCAAGGUGGUGGCGGCGGUGGUGGAAAAUGGGGCGACGGUGCAGGUGGCGGCAUGAAUGCCAUGGGACCCAGAGAGGCCGUUCAAGGAAGAAGCCUCAAAAGUUACGAAGACCUCGACGCCGCUCCGAAUGGCAGCGGGGGUGGUGCUGGUGCUCAAGCAGCAGCUCACGCAGCUGGAAGCGCAGAGCUUGAUUACUAGGGUUGAUUAACCUCUGUUCCCAAAGUUGCAAGGUGACGGCUGAAAACGGAUAUGAAACGGGAGACGAAGACCAAAAAAAAGGAGAUCCCCAAGGACAGCGGGGGGCUGGUCCAGUGAGUGAGUCAGUUGAGUGACGUGGUUCUUUCUUGUGUGUCAGUACGGAGUUUCCCCACGAGGGAGAGAGAGAGAGAGACAAGAUUUCGAAAUUUGGGCGGCCAGGAAGUUUUUGCUCUUUUUCUUUUUCUUUGUUUCUUUCGAGAACAAGACCGCGCGCGCAGGCUGUUCGAACAACGCGGGACCUCACAGAAGGGGUCAAGAUUUUUUGCGGUUUUGCAGCUCUGCUUUUUCCAAACCACCUUAGGUAUGUAAAUUAUGGGGCACCACAAAUGGAAUGGAACAGUACUUCGAAAAUGAGAAAAAAGGAAAUGGAACUCUGUACAAAAC